CGAACCAAUCAGAUUCAAGGAAUCGAUAUCGGCGAUCAGUUGAGGUCAGAAGGAGCAGCAGUUUCGGCAGAACCACAAUGCGAGCAGACUGCGUCCCAAUGGGACGUUGCCGGUGUUUUCUUUUGUAUUUGUCGUUUGCGAUCAGCUUAUGUAGCACCGAGAGUCUGAGCACCGCCGGCCAGGUGCACCUGCUAGUAGCCAUACACAGGAACGUCCGGGAACAGGACUUCUUCCUCGAGAACCUGCAGCGGUUCCUAACUCUAGCCUCCCGGCAGCUGCGCGAGGUGACAGGGCGCGCAUGGAUAGACAGCGUGACGGUACAGGUUCCCAGUUCCUGGCGCCGCCGACGGUACUACGGGGAGCUGGACGCCGACUUCUACCAGGUCGCCCAGGUGCGCGUGGUGCCGUCCGAGGACAACGUGAAGCCGCGCAUGGAAGUCGUGCAGCCUCUGCCUUGCGGGAUGCCCGGCGAAAUGCUUAUCGUUCCGGACGCCGCCAUCAUGCACCGACAGCACACCCGGCCCGUCUCCACGGCACCCGACAGCCUUGCUCCCGAGCACGAGUUCGUGCAUCUUUGGCCACGGUUCCGUUACGGAAUAUUCGACGAGAUCGGUAUUCCAGGCAGCAGGCGUUUUCCGAUGGCGGUGACCGACAACGACACGGUGUUUCCGGUGAGCCUGUCGAAGGGCCUGGCGGGCGUGCUGUCCCUACCCGACGGGACCAGAUGCGCGGUGACGCCGACGGGCAUGGUUCGGCCCGAUUGCCACUUGUUCCUCGAGCUCAAAAGCAAACAGACGCUGAUGAGCUUACUGCGGAUGCCUUACGCGGCGGCCACCAACCCGCUCACGGCCAGGUACCUUCCGACGCAGCACAACGUCCUCUGUCAGCGGAGAAGUACGUCGGAGAUCAUCUACGCUCACGAAGACUUUACCUUAAACCGAGAGUGGAACCGCCCGCCGAGCGAGCCCCGUUUCCGGUUCGUGCGGCCGCGGGAGAACGCCACCACUCGCGUCGUGCUCCUACUGGACGCCUCGGAAGGGAUGUGCCGCUCAGGCUGGAUGCGUCAGGUGCACCGGUCCGUGUCCCGCUUCAUCCAGUCUCGGUUGCCGGACGGCACGCAGCUUGCGCUGAUGGCGCUCGCCGGAGGCGAGGCUCACAUCCUCGCCAACCUGACGCAGCUUGAUGCGCGCUCCAGGAGGGCUCUCAGACUUCUCGUUCCUUUCGGCUGCGGCCGGCCGGGUGUGCAUGCAGUCAGAGCACUCGAUCGCGCCGUCCAGCUGCUGAAAGGCGCCCACAUUGCGGGAGCCAUCGCGGUGCUUGUCACGCACGAAGCAGCGUUGGGAGGGAAGAAUGAGACUGUAGCCGGACCCUGGGACACGGGAUUGAUCGUUAGCACUGUGGCGCUGGGUUCGCGCGCCGACCCGGCGUUGGAGCUGCUCGCCGCCAGAAUGGACGGCAUGAGCUACUGGGUUCCCGGCGACGGGGACGCUUACGCCAGUCUCCUGGACGAUGCCCUUGCCGACGCGGCGCAGCAGCUUACCCAGCCCGACCACCGGGAGGUCAUCGUGCGCCGGGAGGAGCUACGGGUGCGCGGCGAGCACCAGGUGUCCUUCGUCGUCGACGCCGCGCUGGGCGCGGACAGCCGCGUGGCGAUAGUGGGGAGCGCGGUCGAGUUCCUCGCCGUGCGCGUUCGCGACCCGGAUGACGAGUUGUACCACGAGGCGAGCGCCGAGUGCACCAAGGACGUGCUGCGGACGCAGUCCGUGGUCUUCUCUUUCCCGUCAAUGAAACCUGGCCGAUGGACUGUUCAAGUGUCGCCUAUCGUCGGCAGUGGCCGAGGCGAGACGGCGACAUCCAGCGUGACGCUGUUGGUGACGUCACGCGGCGUGCGGGACAAGCCGGCGGUACUGCUACGUGCGCAGGCGUCGGCGUCGUGGGUCACUUACCCGGCGGUCGCCAGCCUGCACGCGCGCCUCUCCAGAGGGAACAACGUGGUCCUCGGAGCCUCGGUGUGGGCCUCGGUGAGCCGGCCCCGCCGGAGACACGUGGUCAUCACUCUUUACGACGACGGCAUCGGCGCGGACACGAGCGCCGGCGACGGCAUCUACUCGGCCUUCUUCACUGACCACUCGGGCGCGGGGCGGUACCAUCUCGCGGUACGCGCUGCGGGCGACGAGAGCAACGCUCGCGCCACGCUGCCCCACGUCUGCCGCAGCUCGCUCGCCGACCUGGCGCGAAAGCCACAGAAUCUGAUGGUGCUGCCCAAGAAGGCGUACCGCUUGAUCGACCUGGCCGAGGACACCAGCGCCCAGGACCAGUGGGCGUCCCAGGCUCCCCAGGCAGGCGAGCCCUGUGCCAUGUUCGAGCGGUACGUGGACGCGGGCUCCUUCCAGCUGGUCGGCUACCGCGAGCGCAGUCCCGUCGGUCCAGGCGCCAUCUCCGACCUGCUGGUCGAAGCGUCCACGGUGCGGGGUCCGCGGUGGACGCUGGAGCUCUCGUGGACGGCCAUGGGCUCGCACUUGGACGCCGGCGUCGUGGAGCACGUGGAGCUGCGGUGCAGUCGACGCGGGAGCGAGCUGGAGGAGAACUUCCGGCGCGCCGUUCAGAUCCAGGAGUCGGACCUCCUGCGGGGCAGCCUGAAGCCGCUGGCAGCGCGUAAGCAACACCGCGUCACCGUGCAGGUACCGGCCCGCCUGUUUCCGCCGGACGGUGGUGCCUUCACCUUGUACCUGGCAGUGCGCACCCAGGACGUGCAAGGUCGCGAGUCGCCGCUGUCCAACGUGGCGAGAGCUACGCACCCCGGCAUAGGGCCGCCGCAAAGCCGACCGAGCGCGGACAAGCCGAAGCCGGGAAAUACAGCGAGGCCCAUUGUUCUGCGACCGAGACCCGACUUCGGUCAAUCCGAUCGCCUUUAUUAGAAGUUCUAUGGUGAAAGACGUGGAACACUGACUUGCAUGGUUCCCAGAUUCGAUAAAACAUUAUCGUUUCUUUCUCUUC